AGGCGGCAUCUAUUCGCUAAAGUAAAGCAGCAAGUAUGGCUGUCAGUCAUCUCCUUAAGUGUCAAAACGUCACGUUGGUUCAGUUAUAAAAAUUAGCGGGCUGUCGGCAUGGACAAUAUCAGGGACGGCUGGUUUACGGAGACAUGUACGUUGUGGCCCGGGCAAGCUACGAGUCUCGAAGUGGACGAGGUCCUCUACCACAAGAAGUCCAAAUUUCAAGACGUGUUGGUGUUCAAGAGUAAAACGUACGGCAACGUGUUGGUGCUGGACGGAGUGAUCCAGUGCACGGAGAGAGAUGAGUUUGCAUAUCAGGAAAUGAUUGCCAACCUCCCUCUGUACAGCCACCCUUGUCCCAAGAAGGUUCUCAUUAUUGGUGGUGGAGAUGGUGGCGUGCUGAGGGAAGUGGUGAAGAAUCCUUUGGUAGAGUCAGUAGUUCUCUGUGAGAUUGAUGAGGAUGUUAUCAACGUUUCCAAGAAGUUCCUCCCGGGCAUGGCCAAAGGGUUCUUUAGUCCCAAACUUACCCUCCAUGUCGGAGAUGGCUUUGAGUUUAUGAAGCAAAACCAAGAUGCCUUCGAUGUUAUUAUUACCGAUUCUUCUGAUCCUGUUGGCCCAGCUGAGAGUUUAUUCAAGGAGAGUUACUAUCAACUAAUGAGAACAGCAUUGACAAAGGGCGGGAUUCUGUGCUCACAGGGAGAGUGUCAGUGGCUCCAUUUGAAGCUGAUAAAGGAAAUGCACACCUUCUGCAAGACCUUAUUCCCAGUGGUGGAUUAUGCCUAUGGCACCAUCCCAACAUAUCCAAGCGGCCAAAUUGGAUUCAUGCUCUGCAGUAAGAAUCCUGAAACACAUUUCCAGAAUCCAGUGAAAGAACUAUCAAAAGAAGAACUGGAAAGCAUGGACCUGAAAUAUUACAACACGGAAAUUCACAAAGCAGCAUUUGUCCUCCCUGAGUUCGCAAGAAAGGUACUCAAAGCGUGAUUGGCCACAUCAGAGCUAAGUGUUCAUGCUCUUCAGUCCACGGAUAAAGAACUGCAGCUUCUCUUGCGCCUCAACAGUCAACAUUGUUAAGCCGUUCUCUGAAGAGAGUAAUUCGUAAUGAUUUUAAAGCUGUAUUUGGGUCAUGUCAACAUUCAGAAACAUGGAGAUGCUUAUUUUUUCCUUUCUUUGUCUUAAACAGUGUUUAUUUCUGAUAUGUUCAUGCUCAUCCUUCGGCUGUCUCAUUAGCAAUUUAUGGACUGGGCCUCAGCUCACGCCAUCCAACCUGACCACAUGCUGAGGGACUAUAUGUACUGUUCAACUGCAUCGUUCUUGUGCAAUAUAUUACAUGUAAUAUAUUGCUGCACUUUCAUCGAAAAUGUUCUUUGGUCACAGGAAAAUCGGCACAUGUGUUGACAAAACUUUUUUCGAAAUUUAAGUGUGCCUCUUAAUUGUUGACAUUGUUCUGUAUUUGUCAGAUUGUAUUAGCUUUUCCUAGAUGACAGACAUUUAAUGCGAGUUAGAAAACUGUCCCUUUAAGAACAACUCCUUGAUGCUCUGCUUUGACCUUUACUCUGUUAUGGAAGAUACACUUCAUAUUUAGUAAGUGUUUUUUUUUUUUUUUUUAAUGCAAAUCAUUAUGCAAUGACUGAGGGUACAUUAAUUCAAGAAAGCUUGCACUGUCUUAAGUCGUACUGCCGGAUGCGGUUAUCCUUUUAAUUAGCUAACAUUCACAGCAGUUUGCUAUAAAGGCACAGUGAAGCUUACAGGAAACAUUAAAAGGAAAAUGUUUUUAUAAAACCCACAAACUGUAAUAAAUCU